AUGAAUAAAAUCAAACCUCAAGUAUUAUUGGUUUGUUCUACAAUUACUGUUGGUAAUAAUCGUUUGGAACAAGUUGCACUUGAUAAAUGUCAUUCAAUUGAUUUAACUUUUGAUUAUUUUCAAUCACCACAUCAAUCAGUUAUUCAACGGUUUUAUUCGCAUGUCAUGUCUCGAAUUAGCAAUAAUAUUCAAUCAUUGAUACUCAACAUUCAACAUAUUCCGAAAAUGAUUACUUUUGCUGAAAAAGACUAAUGGAAUUCUCCCAAACUUGACACAUUUGAAAAUAAUGCUUGAUAGAGAAAGUCGCAAUACAGGCACAUCUCAUGCAUUAGGUAAAUUUUUAUUAAGUGAAGUUUAUUAAGUUAUAUUUAAAUAUCACUUUAGUUCAUUUUCUGCUUUGAAAAAGAAACUUUUUUUAUUUGAGAAUCAUUUUCGGUAUUUUAUGCAAAAGAAAUCCAUAGGCUACUUCUGUAUGGAGAAUUAUUAGACAAUUCAAAGAAAUUGUUGAAAAAACUUAUCAAAUUCUGUUAGUUCUAUAUUAGCAUGCCAAAGUUUGUCUGAGAAAAAUAAUAGUUAAGAAAAAUAUGAAAAAGUCUUUAAGUGAAGUUAAUAUUAUCAGAAAUGAAAAGAUUAGGUUGAAAAGAAUUUUAUAUUGUAAGACAUAGAUAUUUUUGUUAUUAGGGAUCAAUGUUUAGAAUAUUUUAGAAGCUAAUCC